AUACACACUCAGACAUACCCACCGACCCCGUCCCCUUGUCUUGAUGGGGGAAGAAGGCAGUAAGCAGUGGGGAUUCAGCGGAGCCGGAGGGGAGAGACAGAGGUGAGGAGAGAAAGAGCGAAGUAGGAUGGGAAGCUCGAGGGGCUGAGAGAUUGCUGCGCGCGCACUCGCACACAAAGGAGACGAAGGAGGAAACAAGCAGUGCCGCGCUUUGUGUGCUGAGAGGGUCGAAGCGCCGGCGUCUCCCACUUUCCUUGGAAGCAGCAGCGAACAGAGGUGCGCCGAGAGAUCGGCCUCGUUGGGACAGUUGGGGUCUCGGCGCGCAGCGACGCCCUUUGGUAAAAGCCAUAUCCACAUUGAAGAAUUAGCCAGCUCAAACAAGUGAAGAUACAAAUCUGAGUGGGUGAGAAUAUGUUCCAAGCUAAGGGACCAUCCAGUACAGCUUCUUCUAAUGAAGCCAAGAGCAACAUGGGGUCAUCUAUUGUGCAAAGAUCCAAGUCAUUCAGCCUGAAGGCCCAGGUGAAAGAGACAUGUAGUGCCUGCCAGAAAACAGUCUAUCCUAUGGAGCGCCUGGUGGCUGAUAAAUUUGUCUUCCACAACUCCUGCUUUUGCUGUAAGCAUUGCCAUACCAAGCUAAGCUUGGGUAGUUAUGCAGCUCUCCAUGGGGAAUUCUACUGCAAGCCACAUUACCAGCAGCUGUUCAAGAGCAAAGGCAACUAUGACGAAGGCUUUGGGCGCAAGCAGCACAAGCAACUCUGGCUGCAGAAAGAAGUGGAGAAUGGUUCAGAUACAGCAUGACCCAUAGCCUAUAGUUCCCCACUUUGAGACCUGAUGAACUGAGCUGAUGGAGAGCAGUGGUAAUUGCAAGAUGGCUAGGAGCAGGAAAGACUAAGCAGGAACGAACUAUAGUUUUAAUGGGCUGUGGAAAGAAUUAAGUAUCCGAAAAACUACACAGACAUGUUGAAAAUGGGAAAUUUUGCUUUACUCAUGCAAAAGCAGGAAUACUAAUGCUAUAAAGAGGGCCAGGUCAUACUAGUAAUGGAAUUGCAAUCAGGAUUGUAGCUAAACAGGUUGACUAGACAAGCUGUAAAUGUGAUAUUUCACAUCUGUACAUCUCCUUGGUCAAAAGUGUAUGAUUACACAUUUUUCCAUAUAGCAUGUUAAAAUAUAAACAGUCUCCCUUUUAGCAAGUCAAUCAGCAUCCUAACAGGUUGACCUGGAUGUUGCUUUCCUUACUCUUGUAAUUCCAGUUGAAGAAACUUUUCCAACAGGCUUUAGCCAAUUCUUAGAUAUUGUUUUUACAUAGUUUUGAAGGAGACAGAGCAUUAUCUAUUCCCAAUAUCUGGCUAUCUACUUAAACAAAUUGUGCAAAUAGGCAGCAACACAUUGAAUUCUGACUGUGAAUUUACUUAGAAUCCUAAAUAUAGUCUGUUAUCUCCUUUCUUAUGUGGAGGCUGUGUGCUUCUGCUGCAGACACCAUACACAUGUCUAGGGUAAAGCAAGGAUGCAUGUAUUCAAGCUUUAGAAAACCUAAACAAUGAAAUAGAAAAUACAACUUUUGGAAUUUCAAGCAGGCAUAUAAGAGUUGGACAUUAAGAGUUGUGGGGGUAGAAUUGGUGUAACAGUUACAGAAGCAUGUAUAUUAGUCCAAAAUCAUAAUGAACAUGGGUCUAAAAGGGGACUGCAGACCUUGCAUCCUAAUUCUCAUCAGCUCUGUUCUAUCCAUUCAGCCUUAAACUCUGGGGAAGAAUUUAGUGUCUAUCUUUUAUAUCUGCCUUUUCAGUGGUACGUGAUAAGCUGAAGCACACUUGUGGUGUUUGUGUUCAGAGCUGCACUGUCUUAUUUUUGUAAUAUAGGUUUUCUGAGCUUUUCCUCUUUGAUGUUGUUUAUGAAAGUUUUAAGAGAUGAAAUGUGCAACUUCUACUUCAGUUUCCAAAAGAUUUCUUGCUGAACAAGAAACAUGUUCUGGGUGGGAGAACAAUCCAAUCAUCAUUGCAUGCAUUAGAAAAAAAACAACCAGCAGUUUAAUAUCACUGUCUAGAAGAAAAGCUGUGGUUCACACACAAUUCAUAUAGAACAUGCCGAAUGGCAUGUUCAGCAGCUUUAGAACAUGUCUUCCUUAAUAAAAGAUACAGUGUUUGGUGCCUACAUUCCAGAAUAUACAGAAAAAUGUGUUUAGCAGGCUGUGAGAGAUGAUAAGCUUCUGUUAAAGUGCUGAGUAUACCUUUCUCAGAUUUCAACAAAUCCCACAAUUCAAAGCCACAUAGGAAUGCUUCACUUCCCUGGCUGUGGAUUUCAAAGAGAACAUCUGAUGAAAUAAACUUACUUAAGUUAAAAAAGUGUGAGACAAUUUUCACUAUCCCAAAAAAGGAAAGGAUGGCCGUAUUGAGAAUUCAUAGUGUAUUUUUGCAAAAUGGAGCUAUUGAAGCUUCCACUUGGAUAUUCAAGCAGCCUCCAAUAAUACAAUAGCUAGUAGCACACAUAACUAGCUGAAAAUUAUAUUUUAUUGUAAAUAAAAGUUACACAUUGGCCUGGCUUUGCACUGCAAGCCUCAGUCAUUAUAGAAAUUCAUAAAAAUUAGAAACAUAGAAGUACUUCAAGGUCUUCUGUAUACUCCAGGUCCAAAUGAUAAAUCACAGAAUGUUCUACAAAGCUCUCUUUGAGUUUCAUUAAAUUAAAAUAUCUGUUCUAGCAUUGGCAGUGUAAAAUAUACAGAAGGCUGCAAACUUAAUUACCCAAUCUCAGUAAUUUCUUGGGUAAAUUUAGUUAAAGUCAGACAUACUAUCAUAUUCAAAGGUAUAAAUUCAAAGAUCUGAUGUGAAGAGUAUCUCAGAUUAGCUGUGAAAUCUUACAGAAAUAUAUCACCAAUCUUUUUUUUUUUUUGCAAUCUCUCAAAUUUCCAAAUCAUAUAUUAAAUUAGCCCACAUAUAUGAGGUAAUUCAGGGAAAAUAAUGAGAUACAUGUUGUCUGAUGGCAAUAGCUCCUAUACAAAAGGUAUUUUAAAUGUAUGCUGUUUAGCAGAACAGUGGCAGGUGAAGCUGGAGUAUACAGAAUCGUCGUACCAAGCCUAAACACGUAUUUGUUUCCUUGCUUAUAGUUACAGUUCUGUGAGAGAAUUUGCAAAAUAUCCUUUUUUUCUCACUCUCUUAUUUGCACUGAUGAGAAUCAGAAACCGACCAAAAGCAAAUCUGCAUGAUGAAUUCCUCAGGAGGCCAUAAACAAGAGAUUCCUAGGGGUUUUUAUAAGGCAAAAAUAUUGAAAGUCUGGAAGUAGUUGGCAUAAAAGAUAAAUUACAAAACGGGGCAUUUUUAAGGCUAUAAUUCUUUAUGCAUUUAUCUGGAAGUAAGCACUCCUGAAUUAUUUGAUGUUGUAGAACUCCAGUGAAUAUUAUCUAGAUGUAAUUUCAGGGACAAAUUUAUUGCACUGAACAGCAGUAUAUCAAUGUUAGUAAUUCAGAUAUUGCAAAGACUGUUUCCCACAUCAUGGCCUUCUUAGAUUAUCUGUAUGCUAUUCACUCAAUUUAUAUAUAUAUUCUACAACAAGUAAAUAAAGCAUACAAUAAGCCAUUUUGUUUUAAAAAAAAGUUUAAAUGCUCCAGAAAUGCAGACAUACAAAAAUUGUGAGACCAAUAUGUGAAAUCUAUCUUAAAAUGAGGUUACACUGAAACCAUGCAGAUCACUGUUGUUUUGUGAAGAAAUGGCAAUAAGCUCAAUCAAAAUUGUGUGUGAUAUAUCAACAGGAACACAUGAGACUGGUAGUCUCUAACACAUCUAAUUUGUGGCUUUCUAUCAUUCUAAAUUGCCAUUUCUAUAUUGCUAUUCUAUUUCACUUACUUUUUUCUCAGCAAAAGAUUAGCAAGGAAACAAAAAGGUAUUUUGACCUGACACAUCUUGUAAUAAACAAUAAUCAAAACCUUUG